AUGGAGACCGAGGCUGGGCCUGCGCGGCCUCGCGGCGUUGCCAUGGAGACAACUCCCGGGCUGGGGCUCCGAAGCCCCGGCGUACCGCUGCCUCAGAAUCCCGUGGAGCCGCUGUGCAAGGCCGGAGCCGCGGUGGCGGCGGCGGCACGCUGGGACCCACGGAAACACUCUUUGCUCAUCGUGAUCGGCGAUAUCGGUACAGAGAGUCAGCUGAGGGCCGUGCGGGCCCACCUUGAACAAGGGAUUCUCUCCUGGAACAUUGACUUAUCAUCCAUUGACUUGAACCAACAGUUGAGACUCUUCAUUACCCGGCACCUAGCUCACUUCUCCUCAGAGGUCAAAGGCCAGAGGACCCUCUGCCACCAGAGUGAGAUCCUAGAGACCAUCAUCCUAGUAAACCCCAGUGCACACAGCAUCAGCUCUGAGGUUCACCAUCUCCUCUGUAGCCCAUCAGCUCACAAACUACUGAUCUUGAGCGGGCAAAGCUUAGAGCCUGCAGGAGACCUCAUCCUACAGAGUGGCACCUACUCCUACCAAAACUUUGCCCAGGUCCUUCACAACCCAGAGAUUGCCCAGUUGCUCAGCAAUAGAGACCCUGGGAUCCAGGCCUUCCUCACCGUGUCCUGCUUAGGGGAGGGUGAUUGGAGCCACUUGGGACUGUCCAGUUCCCAAGAGACCUUGCACCUCCGGCUAAACCCUGAGCCCACGCUGCCCACCAUGGAUGGUGUGGCUGAGUUCUCCGAGUACGUCUCUGAGACUGUGGAUGUGCCAUCCCCCUUUGACCUGCUAGAGCCCCCAACCUCAGGGGGCUUCCUCAAGCUCUCCAAGCCUUGCUGCUACAUCUUCCCAGGUGGCCGCGGGGAUUCUGCCCUCUUUGCUGUCAAUGGUUUCAACAUCCUGGUGGAUGGUGGCUCUGAUCGCAAGUCCUGUUUCUGGAAGCUGGUGCGGCACCUGGACCGCAUUGACUCAGUGUUGCUCACGCACAUUGGAGCAGACAACCUUCCGGGCAUCAAUGGACUCCUGCAGCGCAAAGUGGCAGAGCUAGAAGAAGAGCAGUCCCAGGGUUCUAGCAGCUACAGCGACUGGGUGAAGAACCUCAUUUCCCCGGAGCUUGGAGUUGUCUUCUUUAAUGUGCCCGACAAGCUGCGGCUGCCUGAUGCCUCCCGGAAGGCCAAGCGCAGCAUUGAGGAGGCCUGCCUCACUCUGCAACACCUAAACCGAUUGGGCAUCCAGGCCGAGCCUCUGUACCGUGUGGUCAGCAACACCAUUGAGCCGCUGACUCUCUUCCACAAAAUGGGUGUGGGCCGGCUGGACAUGUAUGUCCUCAACCCUGUCAAGGACAGCAAGGAGAUGCAGUUCCUCAUGCAAAAGUGGGCAGGCAAUAGUAAAGCCAAGACAGGCAUUGUGCUGGCCAAUGGGAAGGAGGCAGAGAUCUCAGUGCCCUACCUGACCUCUAUCACUGCUCUUGUGGUCUGGCUACCAGCCAACCCCACUGAGAAGAUAGUGCGUGUGCUUUUUCCAGGAAAUGCUCCCCAGAACAAGAUCUUGGAGGGCCUGGAAAAGCUUAGGCACCUGGACUUCCUGCGUUACCCUGUGGCCACACAGAAGGACCUGGCUGCUGGGGCUGUGCCUGCCAACCUCAAACCCAGCAAAAUCAAACAGCGGGCUGACAGCAAGGAGAGCCUCAAAGCCACUACCAAGACAGUUGUGAGCAAGCUGGCUAAACGGGAGGAGGUAGCAGAAGAGGGAGCCAAGGAGGCCCGCUCAGAGCUGGCCAAGGAAUUAGCCAAGACAGAGAAGAAGACAAAAGAGCCAUCUGAGAAGCCCCCAGAGAAGCCUGCCAAGCCAGAGAGGGUGAGGACAGAGUCAAGUGAGGCACUGAAGGCCGAGAAGCGAAAGCUGAUCAAGGACAAGGUUGGGAAGAAACACCUUAAAGAAAAGAUAUCAAAGCUGGAUGAGAAAAAAGAUAAGGAGAAAAAAGAGAUCAAGAAAGAGAGGAAGGAGUUCAAGAAGGAUGAGGGAAGGAAGGAGGAGAAGAAAGAUGCCAAGAAGGAGGAAAAAAGGAAAGAUACCAAAUUUGAGGUCAAGAAGAUUUCCAAGCCAGACCUGAAGCCCUUUACUCCUGAGGUCCGUAAGACCCUCUAUAAAGCCAAGGCCCCUGGAAGAGUCAAAAUGGACAAGAGCCGAGUUGCCCGUGGCGAGAAGGAGCUGUCUUCUGAGCCUCGGACACCCCCAGCCCAGAAGGGGGCUGUGCCACUCCCAGCAGUCAGUGGGCACAGAGAGCAGACCCUGUCCUCACCAGAGGACCUCACACAGGACUUUGAGGAGAUGAAGCGUGAAGAGAGGGGUUUGCUGGCUGAACAGAGGGUCACAGGACUAGGAGAGAAAACCCUUCCUCCAGACACUACAGAGGAGGGCACCCCAAGUACAGCUAUUCAAGGAACACCAUCUGUCCCGGGGCUGGAGCAAGAAGAGCAGAUGAGGAAAGAGAAAGAGGUUGUCUCAGAUAUCCUUGAGGAACAAAGUGGCAAGGACAGAGGCCCAGACUUGGCUGAAACAGAGGAGAAGAAAGAUACCUGGGAGGAAAAGAAGCAGAAGGAAGCAGAGAGGCUCCCAGAUAAAACAGAAGCCAGAGAGGAAAGUGAACCUGAGGUAAAAGAGGACGUGAUAGAGAAGGCUGAGUUAGAGGAGAUGGAGGAGGUGCACCCUUCAGACGAGGAGGAAGAGGAGGAGACAAAGGCUGAGGGAUUUUACCAAAAGCAUAUGCAGGAAGCUUUGAAGGUGACUCCAAGGGGCAGAGAGGCCCUUGGGGCCAGGGAACUGGGAUUCCAGGGCAAGGCCCCUGAGAAGGAGACCUCAUCAUUCCUAAGCAGCCUGGCCACACCUGCAGGAGCCACUGAGCACGUCUCUUACAUCCAGGAUGAGACAAUUCCUGGCUACUCAGAGACUGAGCAGACCAUCUCAGAUGAGGAGAUCCAUGAUGAGCCAGAGGAGCGCCCAGCUCCACCCAGAUUCCCUACAAGUAUGUAUGACCUCUCUGGACCUGAAGGUCCUGGCCCCUUUGAAGCCAGCCAGCCUGCGGAUAGCACUGCUCCAGUCACCUCCGGCAAGGGCUAUGGUGCACCAGAGACUGAACUCACCUACCCCCCCAACAUGGUGGCUGCUCCUUUGGCUGAAGAGGAACACGUGUCCUCAGCCACCUCAAUCACUGAGUGUGACAAGCUUUCUUCAUUUGCUACUUCAGUGGCUGAGGACCAGUCUGUGGCUUCACUCACAGCUCCCCAGACAGAGGAGACAGGCAAGAGCUCCUUACUGCUUGAUACAGUCACAAGCAUUCCCUCCUCCCGCACUGAAGCAACUCAGGGCUUGGACUAUGUGCCCUCAGCUGGUACCAUCUCACCCACCUCCUCACUGGAAGAGGACAAGGGCUUCAAAUCACCACCCUGUGAGGAUUUCUCUGUGACCGGGGAGUCAGAGAGGAGAGGAGAGGCUGCAGGGAGAGGCCUUCCUGAAGAGAGAGCCGUGGAAGAGGAAAAGGAGGAGAGGGUAAAGGUACAGAUAUCCGAGAAACUUAGCGGUCAAUAUGGAACUCCAGUGUUUGGUACCCCAGGCCAUGCCUUACAUCCAGGAGAACCAGCCCUUGGAGAGGGAGAAGAACGGUGCCUCAGCCCAGACGACAGCACAGUGAAAAUGGCCUCUCCUCCACCAUCUGGCCCACCCAGUGCCACCCACACACCCUUUCAUCAGUCCCCAGUGGAUGAAAAGUCCGAGCCCCAGGACUUUGAAGAAGCAGAUUCCUGGGGAGACACCAAGCGCACACCAGGUGUGGGCAAGGAAGAUGUUGCAGAGGAGACUGUCAAGCCAGAACCUGAAAAGAGCACAUUAGAGAAGGAGAGGAAGGUGUCUCCUCCCAGGAGCCCCCAAACCCAGGAAGGACCUGUCAGCAUCAUUGGGGGACAUACAGGCUGUACCAUUCAGCUGUUGCCGGAGCAGGACAAAGCAAUAGUCUUUGAGACUAUGGAGGCAGGAGAGCCCACAGUUCCAAUUCUGGGAGCAGACUCUCUUCCCAGAGAUUUGGGGCCAUCACUCCAAGAACCUGGUGAACCCCAGAAAGAUGAGGUGCUCCAGUUUCCUGAUCAAAGCCUCUCUCCUGAAGAUGGAGAGUCUCUCUCUGUCCUUAGUGUGGUCUCCCCAGACACUGCCAAACAAGAGUGUACUUCUAGGUCCCCCUGUGGCCUGACAGAACAGCAGCUACACAGAGGUCUUUGGCCAGAGGUGUCUCCAGAAGACACCCAGUCCCUUUCUCUUUCAGAAGGGAGUCCUAGCAAAGAGACCUCUCUGGAUAUCUCUUCUAAACAGCUCUCUCCAGAAAAUCUUGGCACCCUCCAGUUUGGGGAAUUAAGCCUUGGAAAGGAAGAAAAGGGGCCUCUGAUGCAGGCUGAGGACACCUCUCACCACCUAGCUCCCAUGUCUGUUCCAGAGCCCCAGGCAGCCAUGGUAUCACCUCCCACAGAUGAGACCACUGGGUACUCUGCACAGGCAGGUGUCACAGAUGAGAGCCCUGACAGAAAAUUACCUGCCAGCUGCUCUCAUUCUACUCUCUCAGGAGAUGAGAAGCACUCACCCAGGGCGAUCUCAAGCCCUGGUGAACACAUUCUGACAUCUGACAGCUCCGUGACCAAGAGUCCUGAGUCUUUGCCAAGCCCUGCCAUGGAGGACAUUGCCAUGGAGUGGGAGGGUAAAGUUCCAGAUUUGGAAGGAAGGGCCCCAGAACAAAAGGACAAUGAACUUGAGCUAAAAGAUGAUGUGCCACAGCAGAAGGACAAAACUCAGGAGCAGAAGGAUACAGCUAGUCAUCAGAAAGAUGAGGUGCUGGAAGAAAUCAACAAGGCUGGGGAACAGCAGGGUCAGGGUUUCCAGCAAAAAGACACAGCCCUGGAACUGAAGGAAAAGAUCCCAGAAGAGAAGGACAAAGUCUUAGGACAAAUGAUCACAGUCCCAGAACAGAAAGACCAGGUACUGGAACCAAAAGACAGAGACUUAGAACAAAAAGGCGCAGCCUUGGAACAAAAGGACAUGGGCCUGGAACCAAAAGACAAAAACUUAGAACAAAAAGAAAGAGACUUAGAACAAAAAGACAGGGUCCUGGAAGAGAAGGAUAAGACCUCAGAAAAGAAAGACAAAGUCUUAGAACAAAAAGUCCAAGACUUUGAACAUAAAGACAAAGUUCCAGAGGACAAAGUCCCUGAACUGGAGAGGAAGGCCCUAGAAGAGACCUACAAAACCUCUGAGCAGAAAGACAAAGCCCAGCAACAGAAGGAUAAGGUCUUAGGAGAGAAGGAUCAAGCCUUAGGAGAAGAAUUAGGACAGAAGAACGAAGCCCUGGAACAAAACAAUAAAGCUGCUGAACAGAAAGAUAAGUCUCUGGAAAAGGAAGAUCAGACUCAUGGGCAGGACAGCUUAGUGCAGGAGAAACCCAUGAAACUAAAGAUGGAGGAAAAAUCCCCAGAAAAGAUGAAGACCAAAGCUCUGGGACUGGAGGAGAGCGCAGUGCAGGAAAGCAAGGCCCAAGAGCAGGAAGAGAAGUACUGGAAGGAGCAGGAAACAGUCCAGGAGUGGCAAGAAACAUCUCCAACCAGAGGGGAGCCAGCUGGAGAACAGAAAGAGCCUGCCCCAGCGUGGGAGGACACAUCUGAGCAGGAGGACAGGUAUUGGAGGGGCAGAGAAGAUGUGGCCCUGGAACAGGACACAUACUGGAGGGAGCUGAGCUGUGAGCGGAAGGUCUGGUUUCCUCAUGAGCUGGAUAGCCAGGGGACCCGCCCAAGGUACACUGAGGAACGAGAGAGCACUUUCCUUGAUGAGGGGCCAGAUGAUGAUCAGGAAGUACCUCCCUUGGAACACACACCCCGGAGCCCCUGGACCUCAGACUUCAAGAAUUUCCAGGAGUCCUCACCACAGAAAGGGUUAGAGGUGGAGCGCUGGCUCGCUGAGUCACCAGUUGGGCUGCCUCCAGAGGAAGAGGACAAACUUGCCCGCUCUCCUUUUGAAAUCAUCUCCCCUCCAACCUCUCCACCUGAGAUGGUUGGACAGAGGGUUUCUCCAGCCCCAGGACAAGAGAGCCCUAUCCCAGAGCCUAAGCCCAUGCCUCCUAUGAGGAACGAACCCACUACUCCCUCAUGGCUGGCUGAUAUCCCACCAUGGGUGCCCAAGGACAGACCCUUGCCCCCUGCUCCCCUCUCCCCAGCUCCAGCUCCCCCGACACCUGCCCCAGAGCCACACACUCCUGCAUCCUUCUCCUGGGGCACAGCAGAGUAUGACAGUGUGGUGGCUGCAGUGCAGGAUGGAGCAGCUGAGUUGGAAGGUGGACCAUACUCCCCCCUGGGGAAGGACUACCGUAAGGCUGAAGGGGAAAGGGAAGAAGAAGGUGGGACUGGGGCACCUGAUGGCAGCCCACACAGCUCAAAGGUUCCAGACACCAGCGAGAGCUGUACUACCAGAGAGCCUGAGCAGACUGAGCCAGAGGAGAGGGAGCCCACGCCCUAUCCUGAUGAGAGAAGCUUUCAGUAUGCAGACAUCUACGAGCAGAUGAUGCUUACUGGGCUUGGCCCUGCGUGCCCUACCAGAGAGCCUCCACUCGGAGCUGCUGGGGAUUGGCCCCUUCGCCUCUCAACCAAAGAGGAGGCUGCCGGACGAAACACAUCAGCAGAAAAGGAGCUUUCAUCUCCUGUCUCGCCCAAGAGCCUCCAAUCUGACACUCCAGCCUUCAGCUAUGCAGCCCUGGCAGGACCCACUGUACCCCCUAGGCAGGAGCCUAAGCCAGGGCCGGGUGUGGAGCCCAGCCUCGUCCCACCUGCAGUACCCCCUCGUGCUCCUAUCCCUCUGAGCAAAGGUCCAAGCCCCCCUCUCAAUGGUAACAUCCUGAGCUGCAGUCCAGAGAGGAGGACCCCAUCACCCAAGGAAUCAGGCCGGCCUCACUGGGAUGACAGUACUAGUGACUCAGAGUUGGAGAAGGGGGCUCGGGAACAGCCAGAGAAAGAGGCCCAGUCCCCAAGCCCCCCUCACCCCAUCCCUUCAGGGCCCUCCACAUUGUGGCCAGAAACUGAGGCACACACCACCCCUUCCUCGGACUCACACCUGGGCCCUGCCCGACCCAGCCUGGACUUCCCUGCUUCAGCCUUUGGCUUCUCUUCCUUGCAGCCAGCUCCCCCACAGCUGCCCUCUCCAGCUGAACCCCGCUCGGCACCUUGUGGCUCCCUUGCCUUCUCUGGGGACCGAGCUCUGGCUCUGGCUCCGGGACCCCCAACCAGAGCCCGGCAUGAUGAGUAUCUGGAAGUGACCAAGGCCCCCAGCCUGGACUCCUCUCUACCCCAACUCCCAUCACCCAGCUCUCCCGGGGCCCCUCUCCUCUCCAAUCUGCCACGACCAGCCUCACCAGCCUUGUCUGAAGGCUCCUCCUCUGAGGCCACCACACCUGUGAUUUCAAGUGUGGCUGAGCGCUUCCCUCCAGGCCUGGAGGCUACAGAACAGGAAUCUGGAGGAAUGGAACCAGCUGCCCGCAGCCUCUGGGACCUCACUCCUCUGAGCCCAGCACCCCCUGCAUCGCUGGACUUGGCCCCAGCUCCGGCUCCGAGCCUGCCUGUAGACCUGGAUGAUGGCACCCUGCCCUGCCGCCUGGAGUGCUCAGGGGAAGCCACCAAGAAGCCAAGCCCCUUCCAGGAUCCCUCUGGGGACUGUGCAGCCAAUGGCCCAACUGAAACCAGCCCCAAACCUCUAGGUCCUACCCCAGCCAGAGCUGAGAAAGAGGCUGAGGUCUGUCCUGCCUGGGAACGUGGGGCCUGGCCAGAGGGAGCCGAGAGGAGCUCCCGGCCUGACACACUACUCUCCCCUGAGCAGCCACUGUGUCCUGGAGGGGGCUCUGGUGGCCCACCCAGCAGUGUUUCUCCUGAGGUUGAGGCUGGGCCUCAGGGAUGUGCUGCUGAUCCCCGGCACCACCGUGGGGAGCUCUCCCCAUCCUUCCUAAACCCACCUCUGCCCCCAUCUACAGAUGACAGUGACCUCUCAACUGAGGAAGCUCGGCUGGUGGGAAGAGGGGGACGGCGCCGGGCAGGAGGACCAGGGGCCUCAGGGGGACCAUGCCCUGUGGCUGAUGAGACACCCCCGACAUCAGCCAGUGACUCAGGCUCCUCACAGUCAGAUUCUGAUGUCCCGCCAGAAACUGAAGAGUGUCCAUCCAUCACAGCUGAGGCAGCCCUCGACUCAGAUGAAGAUGGGGACUUCCUUCCUGUGGACAAAGCUGGGGGCAUCAGUGGAACUCACCAUCCCAGGCCCGGCCACGACCCGCCCCCUAUCCCCCAGCCAGAUCCUCGCCCAUCCCCUCCUCGCCCUGAUGUGUGCAUGGCUGACCCUGAGGGGCUCAGCUCAGAGUCUGGGAGGGUAGAAAGGCUACGGGAGAAGGAGAAGGUACAAGGGCGAGUAGGACGCAGGCCCCCAGGCAGGGCCAAGCCAGCGUCCCCUGCACGGCGUCUGGAUCUUCGGGGAAAACGCUCACCCACUCCUGGUAAAGGGCCAACAGAUCGAACAUCCCGGGCCCCACCCCGACCUCGCAGCACUCCAAGCCAGGUCCCCCCAGCAGAGGAAAAGGAUGGACACAGCCCCAUGUCCAAAGGCCUAGUCAACGGACUGAAGGCAGGACCGAUGACCUUGGGUUCUAAGGGUGGCUCCGGUCCCCCUGUAUAUGUGGAUCUCGCCUAUAUCCCGAAUCAUUGCAGUGGCAAGACUGCUGACCUUGACUUCUUCCGUCGAGUGCGUGCAUCCUACUAUGUGGUCAGUGGGAAUGAUCCUGCCAAUGGCGAGCCAAGCCGGGCUGUGCUGGACGCCCUGCUAGAGGGCAAGGCCCAGUGGGGGGAGAAUCUUCAGGUGACUCUGAUUCCUACUCAUGACACAGAGGUGACUCGUGAGUGGUACCAGCAGACUCAUGAGCAGCAGCAGCAACUGAACGUCCUGGUCCUAGCCAGCAGCAGCACCGUGGUCAUGCAGGAUGAGUCCUUCCCAGCCUGCAAGAUCGAGUUCUGAAAGAAGCACCCUCCCUUCCCCAAGGAACUGCUCCCCCAGCUCCUUUAGAGAAUGGCUACUGCUGAGUCCUCUGGGGUGGAGGGAGAUGGGAGCUAGGGGUGGGGGAAGUGCAGAUGUCUUGUUGGGAGGGACUUGGGGAUUCAAUGGGAGCAGUUGUCUCUCCCCCUCAUGCAUUUCUUAGAGAGGUCUCAAAAUCCGAAGUAACAGGGAUAGGAUAGAGGGAGGGGACAAACUUAGGACAGGAGGACCUCUGAUGCUUGAGAAUCCUGGAAUGAUACCCUCUCCUCGCACUGCCACAUGCUGGUACUGGAUGGGGAGUGAGGAUGGGUCUCAGAGAGCAACCUCUUCCCUCAUGAGGGAGACUGUAUUCCCAACCCCAGGAAUCUCUUUAUUUUGAUCUAUUUAUUAUUUAGCAUUCUGGGAAAGACUUCCAAUAGUAAUUUAUGUGACCUGGGGGCAGGAUACUGUCAGUGAGGUGCCCAGAGCUGCGCCCUUUCCUCCAUCUCCCAUCUCCUUACCCACCAGGGUCUGGGUUCUAGCAGGGGCCUGGGGGUAUACCGCUGCUACACUGUCCUACUGCUUCCUUCAGUAUCUGAAUGUCUCAAUCCAAAACUUGAAGCUCUUUAGACCAACAGACUGGUAAGAGGAGAAAGGAGCUUAUCUCCCAGCCCCUGCUUCAUUCACAUCCCAGGGCUGUGCCCAGACCAGGCCUACUGGGCAGCAUAAAAGGGCAAGGAGAGCCCAGCCCCAAUCCCAGAAUCCUUUCAAGUUCCUUGACCUUUUAAAGUUUUCACCCACCCCAUUCUAAUUAUCCUGAUCCCUUCUCAUCUCCUGCUUGGCUUCUCUGCAUGUGGUCAUCUGCUGUGGCCUGGUGUGUAAUGGGUUAAAAAUAAGCCACUGCCUGACACCCCAACAUUUGACACCCCAGCAACGUGUGACUCCCCUGACAUUUCCACUAUGCCAUCCUGCAGCUGAAAUGGGAAUGCUGGCUGCCUCUCCAAACCCAGACUCUCAGACAGAGGAUCUGGAAAGUGGGGGCCAGGCCAGAGGACUUGGGGAUACUGAGGGAGGAAGAAAAGAGAAAGAUGAAGCUGAGCAACAGCUUAACUCAUACAGAGUGAAAUGAAAAGAGUCUGAAAAUAGCUCCCCAAGAGAAGACCUCACCCCAAGCAAGCCAGUGAGCAGCCCUGCCAGACUACUGCUGGACUCAGAAACCCAGACGCUAAUAGUCAUCUGGGCUCGCCUUCUCUGCCAACGACUGGGAAACCAACAUGAGCCCACCUGUGUUCUUCCUAGCUCCCACCCUCCCUGUGCUGCUGUGCUCUGCUCCUCCCUACUCUUCCCUGCUAUAGUUCCCAGAUGCUGUAAUGGAGCCGCCUCCAACUCUAACAAUAAAUCAAGUUCAUUGCA